UUCCACUUCACCUCACUUCCUCCCCCUCUCAAAUCUCUUCUCUCCCCGAAAUCUCCCAGAAAUACUCCUUUACCUGCACCCCGACCUCUUUCACCGGUUAUGCGCCAUGGCAUACGAGAAAUUCCGCCAAAUUGAUCGUGAGCUCGAAGACCGCCCACCUAAGCCUGCCAUCUACGACACAGAAGGUGCUCCGCUAUACGAGGGCCCCUACCAGGAGCUUUUCGGGGCAAUUGUCGCUCGCAAUGACGUCGAGGCCCUGCAUCGUUACAACGAAAGUCCAAACACCCGCGUCUUUUGGCGAGCCUACGAGGUACAUUACUGGAAUCCGUUCGUCAUCGCCGGAAACAAGGGAAGUUUCGACGCUCUCCGCGCGCUCGUGGAGAUUUACUUGGCCGAUUCAACCCUCACAGAGCCACUGGACAAGUAUCUCGAGCGAUUAGAAUACUCCCUUAUGAAUGCGGCCUGUGUUCAUGCCAAUUCGGAGAUGGUGACGUGGUUAUUAGAACGUGAUCCGCCUUUGGGAACGUUACAUGACAGGGACGUGUACGGGGAGACGCCUUUGUUUUGCGCUGCAGGCGCAUUGGGGCGUGGUAGGAGGGAAGAUGCUAGCUAUGAGCGCAAGGAAGAGUUCUUUUACUGGCUCCUCGACAGAGGCACUUCGGUUCGCGACUCCGAUGUCUAUCACGGCUACCAAGAAGAGCCGGAUCAACCGCCAAAGCUGAAAGAUACUGUUCUCAGCGCAGCCAUCUCCAGUGCCAGCUACAACAUGGUGUCUCGCAUCAUUGCCGAAGGGGCCGAUGUGCACGCUCGGCAGACCUGGUUUAAUCAGUUUGGCAGUAUCGAGGAUGCCGAGCAAGUGACUGUUACGCAUAUCGCGAGUAUGUUUUGGAAUUUAGAAGGAUUGAAAGCCUUGGCAGAUCAUUGCGGGGCAGGCUUUGCAGAUAUGCUUUCUGCGAGCGAUAGUGGUGGACGGAUUCCAUUGCACUGGGCGUUGGUCGGGUUUCGAUAUCUCCCGUGCAAUGAACCUUUGGAGGAAGUUGCGUCUACAAUGCCGAGUACCGUGAAAAUGCUUCUCGAGACCAACCCGAGCACGAUAAACAUGCGGGACCAGGAUGGUUGUACAGUCUUCCAUUACGCGGUGAAAACUGAAGCGGGUUGUUCUAGCAUCCUACCCACCCUCAAAUUGCUCUUCGAUGCAAGGCCGGAUCCUACGAUAAUAAAUGCGCGCAACAGCGAGGAUGCAACAGCCCUAGAGGAUAGUAUAGUAGAACAUGCCUCGUGUGAUGGUCAUAUGAUGGAAAUACUGGACAUCCUUCUCACGAAUGGAGCCAAUGGAAGACUACGCGAUAAAAAAGGGCAGAAUAUACUACAUAAACUGGCUAUAUACUCCAGGGGUUAUGAGCCAAUUGACCCUGCGACGGUGGAUAGGCUGGUGGGGGUUGUCGGUGUGAACGACGCCGAUGAAGAUGGCUGCACGGUUCUGCAUUAUAUGGUACGGAGCCUUGGACAUAUCGACGCGGUUCGUCGUCUGAUCAGUCACGGAACGGAUGUCAAUGCAGUUAAUGGCCAAGGGGAUACGCCACUGCACGAGGUGAUGAGAGGGACGCUAAUAAAGAAGGCCAACCAUGAUACGAUUCCUAAGGAAGUACGAGCUGAAAUUUUGGAUAAAGCAAGGGGAGACAUGAUAUCCCUCUUACGGGAUGCCGGGGCCUCGAUGGAAAUACGCAAUGCAGCGGGAAAGACGCCGCCACAAUUACGGGAAGCUAUUGUGGAGGCUGCAGAGAGAGCACGACAGGAAGAUGCGAGACGGCGUGCAUCCCGAGCUCGUGGAGGGAGGGGGCGCGGCCGGGGCUAGUGGUUUGUUCUUGAAUUGGGCAUAUACCUGGUGCUCUUGGAGGAUGUCGAAGGAGUGGUUUGUCAACAAUAGCGCGGCCAAACUUGAGAAUGACCAGCCCUGUCUGCUAAUCAGAUCCUGUCUGCCAAUUGAUCUAAUUCCUAUGAAGCUUUCGCCAUCUAAGUGUUUGCGCGCCUGAUGUCGACCGAUAAGUAG